AAUAUGACCGACACAUAGCAACCCGCAGAGGCAUGGCAGCUGCUUACCUUGACCCAAACUUGAAUCAUACAACAGGUUCAGGAGCCAAGUCCCGUCUGAGUAUGGAGCGUUCUCCUGGAGCUAUGGAACGAGUGCUGAAGGUCUCCCAUUACUUUGAGAGUAACAGUGAACCCUCAUCUUGGGUCAUGAAUAUUCGGCACGGUGAUGCAACAGAUGUCCGGGGUAUUAUUCAGAAGAUUGUAGACUCUCAUGAAGUAAAGAAUGUGGCUUGCUUUGGAAUUCGACUCAGCCAUAUACAUUCAGAAGAGGUUCACUGGUUGCAUCCAGACAUGGGUGUUUCACAUGUGCGUGAGAAGUUUGAACAGCAUCAUCCUUCAGAUGAAUGGAGAUAUGAGCUUCGAAUCAGAUAUUUACCCAAAGGUUUCUUGACAGAGUUCAGCGAAGAUAAGCCUGCUUUAAAUUUCUUUUAUCAACAGGUCAAGAAUGAUUACAUGAUGGACAUAGCUGAUCAAGUGGACCAAGAUAUUGCGCUGAAACUAGGGUGCCUUGAGAUCAGGAGAUUCUACAGAGAAAUGCGGGGAAAUGCCUUGGAAAAGAAAUCCAAUUAUGAAUUACUGGAAAAGGAUGUGGGUUUGAAGAGAUUUUUUCCCAAGAGCCUAUUGGAUUCAGUAAAGGCAAAAACACUGAGGAAGUUGAUACAGCAAUCUUUUCGUCAGUUUGCCAAUUUGAAUGAGGAGCAAAGUGUUCUGAAGUUCUUUGAGAUUCUGUCUCCAGUUUACAGAUUUGACAAGGAGUGUUUCAAAUGUGCUCUUGGGUCAAGCUGGAUAAUUUCAGUGGAAUUGGCAAUUGGACCAGAAGAGGGUAUCAGCUACCUUACAGACAAAGGUUCAAUGCCAACUCACCUGGCUAAUUUCAACCAAGUGCAGACGAUUCAGUAUUCGAACAGUGAUGACAAAGACAGAAAGGGAACUUUACAAUUAAAGAUAGCUGGAGCUUCAGAGCCUUUGACCAUAACAACUCCAUCGUUGAACAUCGCAGAAAACAUGGCAGACUUGAUAGAUGGUUAUUGCCGUCUUGUGAAUGGAGUUGUGCAGUCAUUCAUUAUCAGGUCCCAAAAAGAAGGAGAGCGUGCCUUGCCUUCCUUACCGAAGUUGUCAAAUAGUGAAAAGCAGGGAUUGAGGACUCGGGCUGUCUCAGUCUCAGAAACCGAUGAUUAUGCAGAGAUCAUAGAUGAAGAGGAUACAUACACCAUGCCUUCCACCAGGGAUUAUGAGAUACAGCGGGAGAGAAUUGAACUGGGCCGCUGCAUUGGAGAAGGACAAUUUGGUGAUGUGCAUCAAGGAAUUUACAUGACUCCAGAAAAUUCUGCAAUGGCAGUUGCUAUCAAAACAUGCAAAAAUUGCACUUCAGAUAGUGUGCGGGAGAAGUUCCUACAGGAAGCUUUAACCAUGCGGCAGUUUGACCACCCUCAUAUAGUGAAGCUGAUUGGCGUAAUAACCGAAAAUCCAGUCUGGAUAAUUAUGGAGCUGUGUACCUUUGGAGAGUUACGGUCGUUUUUGCAAGUAAGGAAAUACAAUUUGGACUUGGCCUCCUUAAUUCUGUAUGCAUACCAGCUAAGUACAGCACUCUCUUAUCUAGAGAGUAAGCGAUUUGUACAUCGGGAUAUUGCUGCUAGAAAUGUUUUGGUAUCCUCAUUGGACUGUGUAAAGUUAGGAGACUUUGGUUUGUCAAGAUACAUGGAAGAUAGCACUUACUAUAAAGCUUCAAAAGGGAAGUUACCCAUCAAAUGGAUGGCUCCUGAAUCAAUCAACUUCCGUCGGUUUACCUCAGCAAGUGAUGUUUGGAUGUUUGGUGUUUGUAUGUGGGAAAUUCUAAUGUAUGGAGUGAAGCCAUUUCAAGGAGUAAAAAAUAAUGAUGUAAUUGGUAGAAUUGAAAAUGGUGAGCGCUUGCCAAUGCCUCCAAACUGUCCGCCAACACUCUACAGCCUUAUGACAAAAUGUUGGGCAUAUGAUCCUAGCAGAAGACCACGAUUCAAUGAACUGAAACAACAACUCAGUACAAUAUUGGAAGAAGAGAAAAUGCAGCAAGAAGAACGAAUGAGAAUGGAGCAGAGGCGGCAAAUCACAGUUUCCUGGGAUUCUGGCGGAUCAGAUGAAGCCCCUCCAAAGCCCAGUAGACCUGGCUACCCAAGCCCAAGAUCCAGUGAUGGGAUUUUCCCUAGUCCUCAACAUAUGGUGCAACACAAUCAUUAUCAGCAGGUUUCUGGAUAUACUGGUUCACAUGGAAUUUCACCCAUGCCUGGAAGUAUUUAUUCUGCUCAGGCUGGUGUAUUGGAUGCUCAUGAUUCCUGGAAUCACCAUAGGCCUCAGGAUAUUCCAAUAUGGCCACAAAAUCUGGAGGAGACUGGCAAUUUGGAUAUGCGUGUAAUGAGUCAGAUGCUUCCAACAAAUGUCAUGGAAGAACGGUUAAUAAGGCAACAGCAAGAAAUGGAGGAGGAUCAGCGAUGGCUUGAACAAGAAGAGAAGUUUUUGAAACCUGAUCCAAGAUCUAUGAGAAAUAACGUUGAUCGGGAUGAUGGGGGUCUACUUGAUCCAACUGGCAACCAACACAUCUAUCAGCCUGUAGGUAAACAAGUAGAGCAUGCAGCACCACCAAAGAAGCCACCUCGACCUGCAGCACCUAGCCAUGGAGGAAGUAUCGCUAGCCUUAAUAGUCCUAUUGAAAGUUACAAUGAAGGAGUAAAGGUCGCCACAUAACGAAGAAACCCAGUGGAACCCAUUUUUAAAAAAAGACUCAAACACCCAAUGUGCAGAAGAAAAAAACAAAUCAUGCAAACUAUAUAAAGUAAGCAAAUAACAUUCAAAAUUGAAGUUCACGGAAGUGAGUCCACAGCCACAAAGCCAGUCAUUGCUGCAACUGAUUCAGGAACCCAUUAUUUGCAGGCCACAGCCUCAGUUCAUUGCAGAGAUGAGUAAAUUUUGCAGAGCACUGAGCAGAACCCUUGCCUCUGGCCUCAACCCCCUGAAUCUGGUUCGGCACUUAAAUCGGCCAAAUCUCAGAUUGGUCCUUGCUCUAUGACUCUGGCCUUGUUGCUUCAGUACACUUUCAGGCCUGGUCCCAUUUGCCUCGACUCGGCCCAUACCCAACUUUCCUAAUUCGGCCUGGUGCUUCAAUCAGUCAAACUGCAAGUCUUUCCUUGCUUUCAGCCUGCUAGCGCCUUGACUCUGCCUUGCCUCACUUUGGUUCUGCUGCAUCGAAUCGCCUCCACAUCCACUCCAACAAUGGCCAAACAUUAACUCAUUCCCUGCUCUUGGGCCCCGGCCUCGCCACCAGUUUAGCUCAUAUAUGCCACACUACAAUACUCCUGCACCUUUGAGACUUCAGUUCACACUGCAAAAAUGUUAGGUCACACAGGCAGUUCAAAAGUUCAGCUCCAAAAGGGAAAUUACAUGCUAUUGAUUUCAGUAAUUGUAUCCCAGAAAAAGUGUGAUUAAUACACUAAAGCAUUAGUACCAUUCAUGAUGUUAGGUUUCACUUUGUAGGAGGUAAUGGUCUGCAAAUUCUGCCAGAGCUGAUGUGCAUAUGAUUCCGUCUCUAAUCUCAAUCAGAAUUGUUUCUUUGCUCCUACAAUGGCCUUUUAUAGGUUAUACCUGGACUUCGUGUAUCCUUCUGAAUCACCAGUCUUGAACGUCAAGGAUCUAGCCGUUAGCAGGCUACGAAUCUCCUGGUUUAUUAACGGUUUUUGAUUUGGGUAUAUUUGGUGUGUUCUCAAAGACACACUCAUCCACACUCAUCGUGUGAAGCCAAGAGUCCAUCUUAUCUUACAAAACAUUUGUUCAAGGGUCUGAUAAAGAUGGGAUAGAAGCUGUCCUUGAGCCUGAUAGUAUGUGCUUUCAAGCUUUUGUAUCUUCUGCCUGAUGGAAGAGGAGAGAAUAGAGAAUGUCGAGUGGGUAGGGUCUUUGAUUAUGCUGGCUGUUUUACAGAAGCAGCAAGUAGAGACAGAAUCCAAGAGGAGAAGCUGAUUUCUCCGCCAAAUGCUGUGGGCUGACCACUGGUCCCAUUUGGCUCUAAUUAGGGCAUGAAUGCUGGUGGUAUUGUCCUGGAAGAGGCCACUGGCAUUCGUUUACUGGCAGAACAUCUCUGGUGCAUCUUCAGAAUGAGAAGUGCAGUGAUGAUUGAUGCUCAGUAGAUCAUGAGCUUUAUACCAGCUUUGAGGUCUUCAAACGCGCUUUACAUCUGAUGGCAAAAGGUUAUACUGGAACAUCCAAAACUAUGAUAAAUUUGAUUAUUAAUAGCUGAGAGGUGAUUUCCAAGGUAUGAAACAUGGUCCAGGUGUUUGAAUCUUAUCAUGGAUCUUUCUUGUCAGAAUGGAAAAUUGGUUUUGCAAACGUUAAUGCCCAUUUUCUCAUCUGCUUCAAUGAAUAAGUCUUUGAUAACUUGGAGAUCAGCCUAUGCACUGGAGUGCAUACAAGUGCUGACUGUGUGUUGCAGCAAUUUACUGAAGUUGGCAUGAUCUUGUUUCUGGAAUGAGGUUGAGCAGCUGUACAAAUCUUGCCGAUUAGUUCCAUUCCUUUGGGAAGCUUAUUAGACAUGAGGUGGAGUUUUGGAGUGGCCCUAUGGCCCAUCAUGUCUAUGCUGACCAUCAUGCCUAUCCAUAUUAAUUCCUCUUCCUACAUUAAGUCAGCAUCCUCUUACAUGCCUUGAUCAUUCAAGUACCUAUGAAGAUGUUUCUUAAGUGUUUUCCUGUCUUCACCACUUCCUCUAGCAGCUUAUACCAGAUGCCAAUUACUCUAUGUUGUGUUACGUACCCCGUAACUGGGUCACUUACCAACAAAGAUAGAGAGGUCCGUUGAAGUCUGAUGGUGCUAUUUUUAACAGUAUUUAUUGAUAAAAAUACACAAAAAUAAUAUCAGUGCAAACAUACAGAUAAUAUACGUCAUCAAUACUAAAUCUAAAAGCGCGGGUAUAAUAAUAAUCAAUAAGAAUUAGCUCCAUCGUUGUCUAGGGGAUAAUGUAUUGUCCGAUGGAAAUAUAAAAGUCACUCAAGUUCAUUUAAGCUGCAGACUGCAGCCUUUGAUUGGAGUCAAGAGAGAGGGUUUAAACUUGCCCAUUCCUUUUAUGAUGUCAAUCCUUCGAGAGUCGGUGGGGGCUGAUUGCUCCUUUGUGUUAACUAAAGCCAUUCUUCCGUGGCAAGACCCACCAAUUCUGAGGCAAAUGGAAAAGGACGUACGUGGGCUUUUCCACCGGCUUUCGCUAUUACGCUGUUACAGGAGUUCUAGCGUUUCUUUUGGUGCGUCUAAAAGGGCUGUUCCCCAGACCCUCUUUUAUCCCUACUCACGGGGUCUCAGAUGUCACUCAGGGUGGAAUGAUGCCUUCCCCCAACCAGCCCACAUUGCCUGAGGGCUUCCACGAAGCAUAGUACUCAAUACACAAUUCCGUCUCCAAGAGACAAUGACCUUUUCCGUGGCUUUGUAUCGCUGAGGGCCAGGACAUUCCAAACGUCUCUCUCUCAUUUCCUGGGUCUCCUGCCCUGACCUAAUAGCGAUCUUGCGAUUCUCAAAAAGGAGGGGGCACAGGCGUAACAGUUGAAGAAUUUACCCUUGGAUCUCUUUUAAACUUGCUCUGUAAGGCUGUCCCUUAAGCCUAUGCCCUCUAGCUUUAGACAUUCCAACCAUGGGAUAUGACACUGGCUGUCUACACUAUCUAUGCCUCUCAUAAUUUUAUAUCCUUGCUGUUGUGUCACCUCCUCAGCUUCCUUUGUUUCAGGAAAACCUGUCCAACAUAUCCUGGUAAUUCAAGCCCUUCAAUCCAAGCAGAAUGCUUGUGAAUCUUUUCUGGACCCUCUCAAGCUUAAUCAGAUCUUACAUUUAAGUGCACACAAUACAUUAAGGACAGCCCAGCCAACAUUUUAUACAGUUGUAAAAUGAUAGCCCAAGUCUGAUGAAUAAUGCCUUGGCCAAUGAAUGCUGCUAUGCCAUUUUCCUCACCCACCAUCAUGUGUUUCUUUCUAUGUAUUCAUACCUCUUGGUUCUGUUCAAAAGCACCUUUCUGGGACACUGCUAUUUACAGUAUCUAUCUUGCCUUCAUUUAAUUUCCCAAGAUACUUAAGUUUUCACUAGUCCAAGUUAAACUUCAUCUGCCAUUUCCUAUCAAAAGUUUGCUUCUCCCAAUUUAGAACUUCAACUUUUCCACUAAUGUUGGGUUAGACUAGAACUAGAGGUCUUCAGUUAAGAGUGAAAGGUGAGAUGUUUAAGGAGAACAUGACGGGUGUGAAUGUGGAACGAGUUGCCAGCAGAAGUGGUUGAUCUGGGUUUGGUUUCAACAUUUAAGAGAAAUUUGGAUCAGUACAUGAAUGGGAGGUGUAUGGCGGGUUAUGGUCUGGGUGCAAGUCAAUGGGACUAGGCAGAAUAAUAGUUUGGUACAGACAACAUGGGCUGAAGGGCCUGUUUCUGUGCUUAGUGUUCUUUGACUCUGUGGCUAAUCUUUUCUUUUUCCUGGAACUAAUAGAAUUAUGGUUACCGGUCCCAAAUAUUCCCCCACUGACAUAAGAUCCGCUUGGCCAGCUUCAAUUCCUAAGAAGAGGUUGAGUGUAGCCCCUUCUUUUGAAAGGCCAUCAAUGUAUUAUUACAAAUAUAUUUAAGAAGUUUUGCUUGAUAUAAACCCUUGGUCCUCUAGCAGUCAAUGUAAGUAAGAGAAUUUAAAAUUGCCGUAUUUUGCAACCCUGCAUAGUCAUAAAGGUUUUUCCUCUUGUACAUCAACUCAGGUUUUUACCAGCCACAGACACUGCCUAACCUGCUUAGUAAACACUUUUUGUUUUCAGUUCUGAUUUCAGCAUUCCAGUUUUGUGAUUUAGAAAUUGUUUUUUUUAUACAAUUCCAGUAAUAAUGUACAAGGAUUGGAAAAAAUGCAAACUUUGCCGGCAUUGAAAGAGGACUGUUGCUCUUAAAGAUGAAUAAAUUAUUAAAUAAAAAUAAUUUAUGCAGUCUCUCAAAAAGAAGUAAUACUUCCAACUUAAAUGUUAGAAACCAUAAUCCAUAUGUCAUUAAUGUGUCUUUGUAGAGUAACUUUGAAGUUGGUUUCUUUUAGCUGUUCUAUAAGGAAGGAUUUAUUCAUGUUAACAUAUAUAUGUUGUUUUAAACAAGCUUGUUCAUUUGUACAGUACAUAUCUUUUUUCCACACUUUAUUUUAUCUUUAAGUUUUAUCUUUCAGUUUGCAUUAUUGGCUGAAACUUUUUUUAAAUUAUUGUUGACAAGUCAUUUUCCGCUUUGCUGUUUGUUUUGCCAAGCUGUUUAAUUUUGUAAUUUGUUUGCUCUGUGAUUUAAUUUGCAUGAUUUUAAAGAAUCUUUUUAGUUCAAUUGAAAUCUUUUGAAAAUGAAAUUAUCUGCACAGCUUUAAAAUUGCACUCUAACAAGUUUGAUGCAUGAUAUUUUUAGAAUGCAGUUUCUUCACAGCUUUUAACAUAGUUUGGUUAACUGCACAUUGCAUUAUUUGUUUGCUUGCUGAAUAUUUAAUAAUUGUUUUCCUUUUUUUCCCUUAUUGGUAAAUUUCUUUAACCUUCCUUCACAUUGUGUUCACCAAUAGCCGUGGAGGGUAAGCAAAUAAUAUGUGCAUUUUUUCUUUUAUUUUAAUCUAACUUUUAAAUAUUAUGUCUGUUCAUAUAAGGUGAUUUGAAAAGGGUUGUAUAAUUCCAAUGCAUUUAUAUUAUGCCAAUUACAAUAUUUAAGUAUAUUUAGUAUAUAGUAGUGCCCUUUACAUAAAAUUCUAGGCAUGAAUAAUUAAGAUUUAUUUCAGAGUGGUUCAUUGUAUUAUGCUGGUCAUUUCAUCCAUGCUAUUUCCUUAGGCUCUUUGAAAGAACUCUCCAAUUGAUAACACUGCCGAUCUGUUUCCUAAGCCCUAAAAAACACCACAUUUAAGUGUAAAUUCAAUUCUCUUUUGAAAAUUAUCUCAGAAUGCUUCCAUCAUCUUUUCAGAUUAUGCAUUCUCAAGUUAGAUCACAGGUUGAGAAAUACUUGAUUCAGUAAUAAUUCAGUGAAUUAUUUUUAAUAACUGCUACAAUAUUGUUCUAUAUGAAACAUUUGAGAAUUUUUUAAUGUUUAUAAAAUUUGAAAUCCAGUCAUAUUUGAAGACAAAAUGACACAAAAAUUAAUAGGUAACAUCUUAAUAGGAUUGUGCAACAAACACACAAUGCUGGAAGAACUGAGCAGGUCAGGCAGCAUCGAGGGAAAUGGAUCGACAGUCAAUGUUUUGGAGUGAGACCCUUCAUCAGGACUGAAAAGGAAGGGGGAAAAUGCCAGAAUAAGGAGGUGGGGGAGGUGAAGGAGGAUA